AUGUAUGUUCUGAAACCCAUGAUAAACCAAAAUCUUUUUUCUUUCGCGUCUUUUCACGUCAAAACCUUCAAAACCCCAAAACCCAUGGAUACUACCCUCAACACAUUUAAAAGGCCCCAGUCAAAAUUACAAGUUCCUUUACAACCAGCACAAUUAAAUCAAACUAGCAUUGAUCAUAAUCAUCAUACUUUAGCGAAACGACGUCUUUAUAAUUCAUUAAAUAAUCAAUUGUCUAGAUUACAACAAAAUAUGAAAAACUUGGAAGAAAAUGUAGAACUAACAACAAAUCAAUUAAAAAAUAUUCAAAGCUUUGGUUUAGCUCAUGGUGCUAUGUAA